CGCCGCAACAGCGCCAAGAGCCGACGAGGCGGCAGCCCCAAAGAGGCAGCCCCCGCAAACAACGAGGCACAGCGGAGCGUCGACGAGGCGGCUGCCCCACGACCGGAGCAGAACCCAAUGGCGCUCUACGACGCGCUCCGCGUGAGCCCGACGGUGGACUUCGCCGCCGAGUUACUCCACGACCGCGGCAGUGACGAGAUAGCCACGCUGCUCGAGGAAUGUGGUAUUGGGAGCGGCCCCGAGCUCCUCGCGAGGCUGCGGGGCCCGCCGCCCGGAGAUGAUGAUGUAAACGCGCGCGUCGCGACGCUCAAGGAGACGUCGGGCCGCGUCCGGGACGAGAUCGUCGUCCUGGAAAGAGUCAAAGACAAAAUCCACCCCGGCCACGACGAGGCCGAGCAGGCCCUGGAAGGACUGGACUCGCAAAUCCGGGCGCUCAAGGCGACGACCACUCGUUUGGAGGGCUACGAGACUGCAUUAAUACCACCUCCAGAAGGAGUGAGUGGAGGUGGCGCGAACGCCGCGAAAACACUGCGAAGUACAUUAAAUCAAGGCCCCCUCCACGACCCGACGCCGUGGUACGUCGACACCGGGCCUAGAAGGGACCCGGACAAGCCCGUCGACUUGCGGGCCGUCUUCGACGCGUUCUGCGCCCUGUACCGCCAAACGCACAUGUCGAACAUGACCUUCUGGAAGUUCUCGAACGACUCGUCGCUGAUCGACGAGAACUACGUAAAAGCGGACGUCGACAUCUUCUGGACCAAGAUCGCCAAAUCGCGGCAGCACAUCCCCUUCGAGGACUUUUUGCAGCUCGUGGACUUGAUUGCCGAGCGCAAGGGCGUAGACCGCGCGGAACUGGACUUCUACAUUGUGGAAAACGCCAAGCCGAAGAUGACGGGUACCCGGGGCGCGGAGGCCUUCAGCUUCUGCAAGUGGGACGAGCAGAAGGCUGCGGAGAAGAAGCGAAGGCUCGAGGCCGAGGAGGCCAAGGGGACCGCGUGAAGGGGCGCGCGUAAGAACGAAGAGCA